GCCUGUCUACACUGUCAUCUAACAGUUAGACAGGCCAUGGUAAGUUAACAUGUAGAGCUGCCAUGAACUAUCAUAAAUAAUCAAUUUCCUUGGUAUAAUGUGCUGUUGAAAGUAAAUAUUGCAGUUUCACUUUAUGUAUCUGACAUUCCAGAUGAAGAUACCAAACAAAAAUGAUAACAUAUGCAUAGUUGUAGAUUAGACUCCCCAAACAAGAGCAAUCUAAAUGAUUAAAAUCAACUUCAACUUGCAUGCCUGCGUCAGUAUCAGUAAUUAAAUGAGAUAAAAUGCACCCAUCCUGCUAUAUUUGUUUUAUUUUGUUGGUAAAGCACUGUCUUGCAUGUCUCAACACAGAACCUGCAGUUCACCGCUGCACCUGCAGAUGGCGGGGCGAAUCUCUCCAGGUGGCCGUGACGUCACCGGGGCUUUAGGUGCUGUGUGCUCUCGUGCCUCUCCGGAGCUGCUCAGUGCUGCUACAGGCGAACAGGAGUGGAUGUUUCCGCCGGGACAAACAUAAUCUGUUUACCAUGGACGUCUUCAUUGCGUGUGGAUGAUGGUUUUGCCGCACAUAUAAAAAGGUUUUCAGCACACUCUGAUACCGUCUGCCUCUGCGGACCAGGAGCAAAUGCCACUCAACUAAAACAGGAUUAAAUCAGGAAUCUGUCACCUGACCCUAAGUAGGUGUGAUCUACUGGCUGCAACCAUGGGAAACCAGCUGACUGAUAUCGCUCCUCACACGUCCUUCCUGCCAAACUUCCAGUCCCUGCACGUGGUGGUUAUCGGGUUGGACUCGGCCGGCAAAACCUCUCUGCUCUACCGGCUCAAACUGAAGGAGUUCGUGAAGACAAUCCCCACCAAGGGCUUCAACACGGAGAAAAUCAAGGUGGCAGUUGGGACGUCCCGGACAAUAAACUUCCAGGUGUGGGAUGUUGGCGGCCAGGAGAAACUGCGCCCACUGUGGAAGUCAUAUACCCGGCGGACAGAUGGCUUGGUGUUUGUAGUGGACUCUACUGAGGUGGAGCGGAUGGAGGAGGCCAAAGUGGAGCUCCACAAGAUCACCCGCACGUCGGAGAACCAGGGGGUCCCCGUGCUCAUCCUGGCCAACAAGCAGGACCAGGAGUCAGCAUUGUCCGUCAGCGAGGUGGAAAAGAUGCUUUCUGUCCACGAACUGAGCAUGUACACACUGCAUCACGUGCAGAGCUGCAGUGCUGUAGAUGGUGAGGGGCUCCAACAGGGCCUGGAGAAACUUUACGAGAUGAUUCUCAAGAGGAAGAAGAUGGUGAAGCACAAUAGGAACAGGAAGAGAUGAGCUCUUGGUCGACGCUGUGGACAUUAGGAGAUUUAUCCACGGUUGAGACACUUCUUUAAUGGACCCUUUUAAUGGGCGAUUUGUGCCAACACAACAACAAUAACCCUCGGCCGCCGGGUCUGGAGAAAUUGAUUUGCUCAUAAUAAUUGAAGCAAUAUUGACAUUUUCUUUGUUCUGCCCCUUGAAAGCUAUUAUAGAUUUGAAGGGAAUCUUGAUAGCAAUUCGUUUUCACUAAGUGCUUUUCUACACUUGUUUUAAAGAAGACUUCUAGCAAGAAAUUUGCCUGUUAACUGUAGGACUAAUAUAUAAAGAUUUACUUCCAUGUGGCAGGUUCCUAUAGAAUUUAAAAUGUCCUUAUUAUCCUUCACAAGUUUGCACAGAUUUUACCCCACUAAAUGGUUGUUUUUGUUCCACGGAUUCUUUCCCGAAAUAUUGAUUCGAUAUUUCUGUGUUUGGACGAAAGGGACCUUCUUUUUGGAAAUGAGACAGAUUUCUGUUGGUGACGGAGCUUAAAAGUAUAAUACAUUUUAUUGCCAUGACUGAACAGUAAUCCCAAAUGCAUUCCCUUUGUGGCCAUACAGGUUAAGUUUCAGUUACUAUAUUAAUAAUAAUAAUGUUUAUACAAAUUGUACAUUUUUUAACACUGAAAACUUAAUAAAUAAAA